AUGCCCCCCCGGGCCGGCCUCUCGAUCCUCCGUCUGCCGGCGCAGAUCCGGCGUCGGGUGCGACGCAACCGCAUGGCCACGCUGGCGCUGCUGGCGCUGCUGGCGCUCAUCCUGGUGCUGCCGGUGUACGCGGUGGCGUGCGUGUACCGGCCGCCGGGCUACCUGGUGUCGUACCUGCGGGCUCGGUACCCGGACGUCCUGUUCGAGGUCGACACGGCGGAGCGGGUGGUGGCGCUCUCCAUCGAUGACGCGCCCUCGUCGCACACGGACGAGAUCGCGGCCGUGCUGGCCGAGCACGGCGCCCGGGCCACCUUCUUCGUCAUCGGAUCCCAGGCCGACGAGCGGCCGGCACAGCUCCGGUCCCUGGUCCGCGCCGGCCACGAGCUGGCCAACCACGCCAUGCGGGACGAGCCCUCGCGCGACUUGCCCAUCGACGAGCUCGAGCGCCAGGUCCGCGACGUCCAGGCCAGGCUCGCCGCCGCCUACGCCGACGAGGGCCUCGUGCUGCCCAACAACUACUUCCGCCCCGGCAGCGGCCUCUUCAGCUACGCCAUGCGGGACCUCCUCGGCAACAGGGGCUUCCGCAUAGUCCUCGGCUCCGUCUACCCCCACGACCCGCAGAUCAGGUACCCUUCCGUCAACGCCAGGCACAUCAUGUCCAUGGUCCACCCGGGCGCCAUCAUCAUCUGCCACGACAGGAGGGGCUGGACCGCCCCCAUGCUCAGGAUCGUCCUGCCGCAGCUCAAGAGCCUGGGCUACCGGGUCGUCACCGUCACGGAUCUGGUAAAGUCUGUUGAGCCUCUGGGUGGGAGGUCAUAG